AAAAGUUGUUGAAUACCAGAAUACACAUCACUGAUAACCUCUUUGCACUUGUUAUCUGAGAGAGAAUGGCUCACAGAGUUUCCCUUUUACUCUCACUCCUUCUCAUCUCCAAUAUCCUCCUUGUCGCAGUUGCUGGACGAAGCAACAUUGCCAUGAACUCUAACACCCAGGACAAGAAAGAGCCUGAGUUCUUGUUCAAGCAUGAUGGCAGAGUGUACAUUCCAGGCGUUGGACCAGUAGGAUUUCCACCAAAGCAUGGGCUUAUACCCCAGAAUCCAUUUACUGGUGGCGCUGGAAGAGCUGGAACAGGAGCUGGAGCCGGAUCAGGAUCGGGUCGACCAGGACGCAGUUAUGUUCCCGGUGGUGAUGACACCUUUGUUCCUAACCCUGGCUAUGAGGUUCCCAUUCCUGGAGGUGGUGGCAGUGUUCCAGCACCAAUUCGUCCAUGAUUUUACUCAUGCAUGGUUGUAAUAACUAGACCGAGUUUGUGAGCCUGUUAUGCUUAGAUGGUGUUUUGGUUUUCUGCUAGCGAGCCAUAAAUAAGUGUGCUAGAUGUAGCAUACUGCAAUCUUACUUUGGUAUGUAUCGUGUGUGCACUACGAACUGCUCAGUCUUCCUCUGCUCUUUCCAUGUAGCCUUGUUUGAAGAUGAAUGAAGUAAUUCCUCUUAGCUCUUUCAA